UAAAACAGUUCUUUCUGCUGUAUUAUUUGAAAUUGAUGAAAGUUUAACCUUUGAAGAUUUACUUUAUCAUGCAGACAGUGACUAUGUUUCUGAGGAAGUUGUUAGAGUUGAUAUUCAAGUUCGAGGCACAAAUGUAUGGCAUAUGGUAGCAACUGGCUUAAAUAGAAGUUUAAGAAUGUGUAUUCGUGAAGAACAAAAUAUAUCACACAUUAAAUUUACAAUUCAAAAUGAACAGUCAAUAUUUACUGAAAGUCAAGUUUCCUCUACAUCUAAUGUUUUUAAUAAGAUGAUGAAUGCAGCAGCUAAAAAAGUUUUGCCUAAUUCAAAGCCAUCAACAAAUCGUAAUGAUCAAUUGUAUAAUGAUGUUUUAGAGCUUUUACGUAGUAAGAAUCUUGGUUGGGAAUAUGGAAUACAAAAUUCAAUCG